GGGGGACUGAGACGAGACGAUCCACGGCUUCUUCGGCAUCAACGUCAGAAUUCCCUUCAGAGUCCAGAUGAUGCUGCUGGUCGUCGUGGUGACGGUGUGUCUGAGUGCGGUUCUGUCCGCCCCCAGUCUGGACCCUCAGCUGGAUCAGGACUGGGACCUGUGGAAGAGUUGGCACAAUAAAACUUACAAAGAGAGAGAGGAGGUCUGGAGGAGGACGGUGUGGGAGAAGAACCUGAAGAAGAUCCAGCUCCACAACUUGGAGCACUCUAUGGGCAAACACUCCUACCUCCUGGGGAUGAACCGCUUUGGAGACAUGACUAACGAGGAGUUUACACAUAUAAUGAAUGGCUUCAAACCCAAAGCAAACAAGAAGACCAAGGCAUCUCUGUUCACGAAGCCCACCUCCAUGAAGGUCCCUUCCAGUGUGGACUGGAGGACUGAAGGCUACGUUACCCCUGUGAAGGAUCAGGGUCAGUGUGGUUCCUGUUGGGCUUUCAGCGCCACUGGAUCUAUGGAGGGCCAGCAGUUCAGGAAAGCCGGGACUCUGGUGUCGCUGAGCGAACAGAACCUGGUGGACUGUUCAGGAUCCACGGGCAACCAGGGCUGCAACGGUGGCUGGAUGGAUCGUGCCUUUGAGUACGUUAUGAACAAUGGUGGUCUGGACUCGGAGCUGUCCUACCCGUACGUAGCGAUGGAUGAGUUGUGUCGCUACAGCUCAUUGUUCAGUGCCAUCAAAGUCGCAGGGUACGCCGACAUAGCUGAAGGCAGCGAAGAGGGUCUGAUGGAGGCCGUGGGAACCGUGGGACCAGUGUCUGUGGCCAUUGAUGCCAGUAAAUCGUCCUUCCAGUUUUACAGCUCCGGCAUCUACUACGAGCCUGAGUGCAGUACUCUGAGUCUGGACCAUGGGGUUCUGGUGGUGGGCUACGGCUCCAACGGAAAUGAAAACUACUGGAUCGUCAAGAACAGCUGGGGUGAACUCUGGGGUAAUAAGGGCUACAUCCAAAUGUCCAGAAACAGAGACAACAACUGCGCCAUCUCGUCCUACGCCAGUUAUCCCAAGGUCUGAGUGCAGCGCCACAUCAUGACUCCGUGAUGCUUUUAAUGAAACACUCGGGAACA